AUGAAUCGUCACAGUAGCUCCGCUGACCGCUACCACCGUCACACACAUGAGCGUCGUUGUGUUCUAGAUCUUACAACUGUGUCGGGCCGCCUCGCUCCCUGUUUGGAAGAAUCACCCACCUUUUCGGACUCGAUCACAGAGACUUCAUCAAAGCAGACCUUGGAUAUAGCCGCACCUGAACGUCCUGUACUCAACUCCCGAGUGAAUUUACCUCCACAUUUAGCAAUGCCGCCUGGUCCACCAACAUCUCCUGUUCCUAGCCCCCCUCUGGCCACUGGAUUUAUAUGUCAGAACCUGGGAGGCCAACUUUGCCAAACACAGUGUCAAGGCCUGGCAAAUCAUCCUACUCAAUUAAUCUCAAUAGAUGGAGGCCAGGGUCAUUCAAGCCAAUCUGGUAAUGUGCAUGCAUUGACCUCUGCUGUUUUUACAUCUCUUUGA